GAUAGAUAUUCAUUCCAUGUCAGGAAACAAUAUCUCGAAGUCUCAAUUCUCGCUGAAAAGAUUUUCCGAUGUGACAUCACUUCCUUCCCCACCAGAUAACCGCCGCGCCAUAUACGGCCAGUAACAGCUGUAGUACUCAAGUACCUCAAUAUCUGUAGAUCAAACUUCCAUAUUCAAGCAGCGAUUAAGCUCGGAUCUCGAUUCUCGAUAACAACUAGUAAUGUCUUCCAUACAAACAUGGACGGUGACGGAACCAUACGUCAACCCACACUGCGGGCUCGGUGAAGCUCCCUUCUAUGAGCCUUCCACCAACACCCUCCGCUUUGUGGACAUCAAGAAGAAGCGUCUCCAUACGAUCAAUCUCAGUGUUGGCCCAUCAUCUCUUACGACCUUGCAGCUAGAUAUUCCCGUGGGCGUUACAGCCGAUAUUGAGGGUAUAGAUUGCACCGAUAGGAUAUUGGUGGGUGGUAAAAGCGGGAUCUACGUACUUAGGAGAAGUGAUGGAGAGAUGAAGUUAUUGAAAAGAUUUUAUGACAGUGAGGAGAACGAUGAGAGGUUGAGGAGUAAUGAUGGGGCCGUAGAUCCAAAAGGAAGGUUUUGGAUCGGGACUAUGAAUGACUUUUGGGUGGGGAAGCCACAAAGUGAAGGUACAAUGUUCCGCUUCGAUAAUGACCUCACACGCCAUACUAUUCGUGAAGGUCUGACGAUUCCUAAUGGAAUUGGCUGGUCUGCAGAUCAAAAAACUCUGUACUUUACCCACACAACUGAGCAAACUAUCUGGGCGUACGACUACGAUGCUUCGACCGGCGAUGUGACCAACAAGCGGGCAUUUUGGAAACUCGACGGAGAGGGAGAGCCCGAUGGGUUCAAGUUCGACUCGGAAGGGAAUAUCUGGCAAUGUGUGUUUGGAGAAGGGCGUGUGCUGAAGAUCAAUCCUCAAGGUAAAGUUGUUGGCGAAAUCAAGUAUCCAACGAAGUGUGUAACCUGUCCUGUAUUCGUGGGUACUGAAUUGUGGGUUACAAGCGCAAGUGAUGGGGGUGACGAGCACGCGGGAGCACUAUUCAAGGUCGACGUUGGGAUCGGCGGGGUAAAGGACUUUAAGUUCAAGUUAGCUAGAGGAAGCGCAGAGUUGUGAUACUUCGGAACCGAAGUGUGAUUUUGAAAUUAGAUGGAAGAUUAUAGAGAACAUGUAAAUAGAAAGGAGACUACUGCACUUACUACUUGUCUGUCUAGGAUUUCUUACCAUUUCCACAGUGUCCUGGCUCAGGAGAGAGCAGAACUCAGAUGUCGUUCAUACAUUCCACAUGAAUAUUGAGUGCAUCGAUGGCUCUUCCGGGGCUGCAGUGUGCGAGAGAAGUCAAUGAAGUCUAUAUAGCAGUAUUCUGGAGAAGUAGACAUAUCUUUACUCCAAUGCUUUCAAAUGAUGAAAUUUCGUGUAUUUCUCCCCAGGUGAGAAAUCAGUACCGUCGAAGAAAUUUCACAAUUCACCGUCAAUUUUAGAAGUUAAUUUGACAGAAGUUCGCACAAUAUAGGCUGAGCGUCCUAGGGCCCUACAAUAGGCGAUAAAAUUUCAAGUCAACCUCCA